AUGAUUUUUCUUCUCUGGCACGCGUCGCAAUUUUUCACAAAGCUGCUAAUUUCCUCAGACAUUUUAUCCCAAAACAUACUUCUCUUAAUUUUCUCAAGUGUGCGCUUUUCGCCUAAGUGUCCUCCCUGGAUCGGAUCUUGGUGGUACUCUGUCAUUAGUCGUUUUCUAAUCGAUUCCGGAACCAAUAUUUUUAGUUCUCCUUUAUCUUUUAACCAUAUUAUGUCUCUCCAUUCCCUCCAUUUCUCGUUUUCCUUGUUUUCUCCCAACUUUUCUUUAAUUUCUUGAAUAUAUUUAUCCUCAUUUUGGGCUUGAAGCAUUUCUUCGGCUGUUAUCUUUUUAGCAAUUUUUACCAAGUUUAUUUCCUUUUGGUUCCUUUCUAAAUUUCCAUG